AUGGCUGUCCUCAAAGUCAAAUUCACCAAAACCAAGAGGGACAAAUUGGCUCAGAUCUUAUGGAUCCUCAACUGGGUUUCUGUAGUGAGUGGGAUCAUUCUCUUCAGUCUUGGCCUCUUUCUGAAAAUAGAGAUCAAGAAGCGCAAUGAAGUGAUGGCAAAAGGGGACAUUAACUCUGUCCCCAACAUGCUGAUCUCUGUAGGGGUCAUAGCAUGUAUCAUCAACUUUCUGGGUGGCAAAAUCUGCUAUGACUGCUCAGAUGCAAACAAGUUCUCUCGCUGGAAACUGGUAAUGCUGCCCUACAUCGUAUGUACCUUCUGUUUUACCUUCUGCAUCCUGGUGGGUGCUCUCAUGUGCUAUACCAUGAGGAACGAGCUGGAAGAGUCUCUCUAUCUGGGACUGAGGGAUGCCAUUAAGUUCUAUAAAGACACAGACAUACCUGGGCGAUGUUUCUUAAAGAAAACAGUGGAUUUGUUACAAAUUGGAUUCCGUUGCUGUGGAAACAACGGCUUUAGAGAUUGGUUUGAAAUUCAGUGGGUAUCUCCUCGGUAUCUGAAUAUGGCUUCCAAGGAGGUUCUGGACCGUCUGAAGAGCAACGUUGACGGGAAGUUCUUGGUGGAUGGAGUCCCCUUCAGCUGCUGCAAUCCCAGCUCACCACGGCCCUGCAUCCAGUACCAGCUGACGAACAACAGCGCUCACUACAACUAUGAUUUCCUCACAGAGGAGCUCAAUAUCUGGAUGAAGGGGUGCAGACAGGCCCUGCUGGAUUACUACACUGGUAUCAUGAGAUCCAUUGGCAUUGCAGCAUUGCUUAUUUGGUUGUUCGAGCUCUCUGUACUCAUUGGUGUCCGGUACCUGCAGACAGCCAUGAAGAAUGUCCUUCUGCUAGGAGAUCUGGAGGGUGAAUCAGAUGGUUGGUUACUAGAAAAUAGUUUUGUGGAAACUGCCAAAUACAACAUCAACAUCAUUAAGAAUCUCGGCAAAGCCAACCAGAUCUCCACUGUCUCAGGCAUGAACGACCCCAACAUUAAUGUUCAAAACACAGACUGUGACAAAACUAAUAUUACAACAAAAUCUAUCCCUGCAGCUAGGUAGGCAAAUCUUCCAAGAAAUGACAUCACAAGUGUAGCUUUGCUCUAUUACAGUCCUACAGUCACCAGAUUUUAUCUGGUGGGGAAAA